AUGGAUUCAGAAUCAGUUGGAGUAGUUAAGACACUGUGCACGGUACUGUUAGUUGGACAUUCAGCUGGUUUUUCAUCUACUACAGCUGGGAGCUACUGUUUCACUGCAGGAACUACUUGUGGCACAGUUCAGCUCCACUGUUUAGUUGGCUUGGGAGCAGCGUUUUUUGUUCUCCUUCAGCUGGACUGGAGUGUUGCAGCUGGUUUUUCUCAGCUGGUUUGGGGGCAACCUGGACUGGAGUGUCACUGGUUGCUGGUUUUCACAGCUGGUUUGGGGGUUGGUUUCUGGCAGCAUUUACUAUUCACCUGGAUUUUGGCAGAGAUUAAUAUCAGCUGGACUCUUCACGGCUUCUUUUCUUUUUGCAAGGACUCUAUUACCAAAAUUAGAAGCCAACAUGAUCUUUUCCAGCGGACUUCUGUAGAUAUGCUUUGGAUAUUUCUGGACUCUUAUCAAAGAUUUAUUUUGCUAGGAGUCUAUCCACUGGAUAAUGAUUGCUGGAGUUCCCUAUCUUUAUUGGCGUCUACUGCAACUGGACUCUUCCAAUUCAACUACAUUUUAGCUGCCUAUCUUUUAUCAGCUGAUUAUUAG